AUGGCCGAGCACUUCAGAGACGCGAGCUGCUGCCUGAUCUGCCUCGCUUACCUGGAGAAGCCUGUGCUCCUGAAAUGCGGCUAUGUCUGCUGCCUCCCCUGCCUUGGCUCCCUGGAGCGAGAGCCUGAAGGGAAGGGCUUCCUGUGCCCCUUCUGCCCAGUGGUCUCUCAGAAGGAAGACAUCAGGUCCAAGUCCCACCUGGGGGAGCUGGUUUCCAAGAUCCAGGAGCUGGAGCCGCAGCUGAGAGCGGCUCUCCAGAUGAACCCCAGGGUGAAGAAAUUCCACGUGAACGUGGCCUUGGACGUGGACACCGCCAACAACUAUCUCAUCAUUUCUGAAGACCUGAGGGAGGUUCGCUGCAGGCGUUUCCAGCAGGCCCGGAGAAGGCACGCUGAGAGGUUCACCUACGCACUGUGCGUCCUGGGCUCCCCUCGCUUCACUUCCGGCCGCCACUACUGGGAGGUGGACGUGGGCGGCAGCAGGGAGUGGGACGUGGGCGUCUGCAGAGAGUCGGUGCCCCGGCAGGGGGCGGUCCUCCUGUCGUCGGAGCUGGGCUUCUGGACCAUGGGUGUGCGGACCGGAGGCCUGUUCUCGGCCAGCACCGUGCCUCUGACCGCCCUCUGGGUGAGCCCUCAGUUACAGCGGCUGGGGGUCUUCCUGGACAUGGACAUGGGGGUCCUUUCCUUUUUUGACGUCCGUGACGGGUCCCACAUCUUCACAUUCACCAGAAUCGCCGCCACAGACCCCCUGCGGCCGUUUUUUGCUCCUGCAAAUGCCAUUCAGCACGAUCAAGGCUCCCUGAGUAUCUGCCCUGGGACGAAACUAGGCGCCAUCAGCCCUCCGCACUGUCCAGGGCAAGCCAAAUAAAAACACUAGCAGAGCCACUGUGUGCUCAUGACCGUGGCUAAGAACUGUUUCGCUUGGUAAA